AUGAAAAACAACCCUGACUUAGAGAAAGACUAUAUAUUUAAUAGUUUAGUCAAAAGAGACAAACAAGAAAGAAUGCCGGGCUUCAAACUUCAGAAAGGUGACAAAGUAAAAAUAGAAAUACCUAAACGCGACCCAUAUGAAAAUACUAUUGACUAUGACAACAAUGGGAACCCGACAGGUACUCACAUUCGUGUUCGUAAAAAUAGAAGAAAGUAUACAAGAGAAUAUUAUGAAGUUUUAGGCAAACAUGGCAAAAUGUACACACUGCAAGCAGAAGAUAAAACUACUAUUGUCAGACCUCGUUUCAAACUUGUCAAAGUUCAAGGUGGUAUACUUUCAAAGACAGUUCCUAACAAAUAUAAGACAACUCCUGACGAAUAUGCUAAAGAAGUUGAAAAUGACGACUAA